CUAUUGUUUUUUCCUUCUCUUUUUCUUCUUUCUUCUUCUUCUUCUUCUCAUUAUUAAAGCUCUGGCCUCAUUUAGUAGUUAGCUAGGAAUUAGGACCCAUCUCCAGAGGUUGGUCUAAAGGUGCCUCAAAAAUGCCAAGUUUUUGCUUAAACAGGAUUAGGCCUCAUGUUCGAUUUCAUUCACCGGCUAUUCAAUCUAAUAAACACGAGAGAAAUUCCUUCAAAACCGAUCAGAAAAAUGAGAAUUCUGGUGACGUUGGAGAGGCGAAUUCCGGUGAUGUGGUGAAAGCAGGGGUGGUGCUUGGCAGGAAGAUCAUGGUGGUGAUGGAUUCGAGCCUUGAAGCCAAGGGAGCUCUACAGUGGGCAUUAACUCACACUGUUCAGAGCCAAGACAUUGUAAUUCUUCUACAUGUAACCAAGCCUUCCAAGCAAGGUGAUGAGUCUUGUAAGGAGGAGAUAGCUCCAAGAGUUUCUGAAUUUCUCCAAUCUAUGAAGAAUCUGUGUCAACUGAAGAGACCUGAGGUGAAAAUUGAGGUUGCAGUGGCAGGAGGGAAAGAGAAAGGUCCGGCAAUAGUGGAAGAGGCAAAGAAGCAAGGGGUGGCUCUACUGGUUCUAGGGCAGAAGAAGCGGUCCACGACGUGGCGGCUUCUGAUGAUGUGGGCAGGGUAUCGAGUGGGCGGUGGGGUGGUGGAGUACUGCAUCCAAAAUGCAAAUUGCAUGGCAAUUGCAGUGAGGAGGAAGAGCAAGAAGCUAGGUGGGUAUUUGAUCACCACCAAGCGUCAAAAAGAUUUCUGGCUUUUAGCUUGAAUUAAUACAACUUAAUUAAUUUGGGUGGUUUUUGUUAUAAUUUUAUGAUCAUGGAGAGUUUUUAAUUAGUCUUUGCUACAUAUAUAAAAUGUGAUUAUUAUAUGGUAUUGUUGUAUAAACUAUAAAGAUCAUAAUGACAUGUGAAAAUGGAUUUUUGGGUAUGAAUGAAAAAGUGG